GACGGCGCCAGAUGUGCAGUGUCAUUCAGCUGUAUGAGGACGGAGGGGGGGCUGUUUAUGUUAUUUGGAAAACAAGACACACACUGUGUAUGCUUUAUGCCCUUUUUCAGCACGGGAGUAGCAGCUUGUUGGAGUGAGUGUGCCGCUGUCUCUGCGCUCUGACCGGAGGGGGCUGGCUCUCCCUGAUUGAAUCCAGCUGUUGUGAAUGUGCUCGGUGGGGGCCAAGUCAAUUUGCAUUGCUAAAUAAUGUGUAGAGCCGACAGAGUGGAGCAGAAACCGAACAGUCCAUUUUGAAAAGGCAUUCCUGCGACACUUGGUCAAUGUACCGAAGCUGCAGCUCGACCAGACAGCGGUUAAUGAGAACCUGGUCUCGGCUUUCGCGUAAAGGCGCAUAGUUGGGGGGUGGCGAGGGGAUUUGGGGAGAAUUUACGGGUCGUCUAAAUCUUUCUUUUGAGAAACCAUAAACCAUGCUUUUUGAAAGACGUGGCUUCAGGUUUUGCUCUUCUGCAAGGAUGUUGUCAGCUCUGGUAUUUAUUCUGCUUUGCAUCCAGCCUGGACAUGGACAGACCUGCACAGAUGGUUUUGCAUAUGACCACAGGGCGAGACAGUGUGUGGAUGUGGAUGAGUGCCGUACCCUGCCAGAUGUUUGCCGAGGAGACAUGCGCUGCGUGAACCAGAACGGAGGCUACCUGUGCAUCCCGAGGAGCCUGUACAACCAGCCGUACAGGCCGGAGACCCCGGCCCUGCCUGAGCCAGUUUACCCGGACCCGUCGGGUGGAGGCGCCUUCGUCCCAGCUCCUCCGAGGUCUGUGGAGCCCAGCUACCCCAGAGUGAGGACCACUGCGCAGUGCAUCCUGGGAUAUACUGCUGCAGAGGAUGGCACCUGUAACGACAUCGAUGAAUGUGAGACAAACUCUCAUCACUGUAACCCCACCCAGGUCUGCAUCAACACAGCAGGUGGCUACACCUGUUCCUGCACUGAAGGAUUCUGGCUCAUUGGGGGCCAGUGCCAGGAUAUUGAUGAAUGUCGCUAUGGUUACUGCCAACAGCUGUGUGCCAACGUCCCCGGCUCUUAUUCCUGCUCCUGUAACCCCGGCUUCAUCCUCAACCCGGACAGCAGGACCUGUCAAGAUGUGGAUGAGUGUGAAGAUGAGCCGUGCAGUCACGGCUGCUUCAAUACCUACGGCUCCUUCAUGUGCAACUGUGACGAGGGAUUUGAGUUGGCGGCCGACGGUACUUCUUGCAUCGACUUGGAUGAGUGCAGCUUCUCUGAGUUUCUGUGUCAGCACAGAUGUGUGAACACCCCCGGCUCCUUCUCCUGCAUCUGUCCGCCUGGAUAUUACGUAUAUGAGGACGGCAGGAGUUGUGAAGAUAUCAAUGAAUGUGACACUGGUAACAACACCUGUACAACAGCACAAGUAUGUUUCAAUUUCCAGGGAGGCUAUACAUGCCUGGAUGCUUUACAGUGUCACUCUCCUUACAUCGAAGUUAGUGACAAUCAGUGUAUGUGUUCAGCUGAGAACCCUGCCUGCAGGGACAAACCCUUCACUAUUCUGUACCGACACAUGGACUUAUCGUCGGGGCGCAGUGUGCCUGCAGACAUCUUCCAGAUGCAGGCCACCACGCGCUACCCCGGCGCCUUCUACAUCUUCCAGAUAAAGUCGGGCAACGAAGGACGGGAGUUUUACAUGAGGCAAACCAGUAAUGUGAGCGCCACGCUGGUCUUGUCCCGGCCAAUCAAGGGGCCCAGAGAGUUGGUCCUGGACUUGGAGAUGGUCACGGUCAACAACGUCAUCAACUUCAGAGGCAGCUCCAUCAUACGUCUGACGGUAUUUGUCUCCGAGCACCCGUUCUGAGCGUCCCAAACGGACGUCGGCGCCCAGCAAAGAAUCAAGCUGCACUCGUCUGCUGCAGCUGAUGUAAUGUUCGUAUGAGACAGCUCAUCACCCUUUUUUUCUUUUUUUUUUUUAAGUCAUUAUGUCAUCCUCAAUAAAGACACGUCCGAUAAAGACUCAGCCAGGUCCAGCUGAUGGGAAAGCAUCCCUGUGCUCGAAUCCCCACCCUGGUUUAAUGGACACUGAGCUUUUUAUGGCUGCGAUAAGGACUUUCGACACAGAGAUAUAUUUAUGGUGUACAAUUUCUGACAUCCUCUAUUUAGAAAAUGACCUGAAAAUGAUAGAAAUUACCCUCACUCAAGUAUAUAUAAAUACAAGUUAAACCCUUUUUCUUUUUUUUCUCACAAGUUUCCCCAGUUGUCUGUGAAUUUUCAUCCCUUCAGAUAAGCUGUGAAAACGACUUUCAUAUGCCUGAAUUCAAAUGCUGUCCUUGCAUCAUGCAUGCCAUCAGAUCAUUGUCCUGUUUUGUUUUUUUAUGAGACGGGAGGAGAGCCGGGUAAAUGAUGUAACAACCAGUCAUUAACUGAAUUAUUGAUCACAGUUUCUUUUAGACCAAUAAAUGUCUUCACCACACAACUGUCCCUGGCAUGAGCAAGUCCCCUGAACUCCUGAAAGUACACCUCAUUUACAACCGCACAGUGCCGUAUUAGCACUGUGCCCAUUUUUGGGAGGAGCAAACAAAAAUUGGGAUUAUAUGAAUUAUCAAAUUUUGAAGGCGCUACACCACAUUUGUAGGAUUUGGGCACACAAUAUAAACAAUAAAUGUUUUUUAAUGACAUAACUGUCCCUGGCAUGAGCAGGCCCCUGAACAUCUGACACUAUAGGAAGAAAAAAAAAAAAAGGGAUUACAUUGUCAUAUUUUCGGGGUAUUAUCACAAAUUGUGUGAUUAUUCAUAACAAAUGUUGGGGACACAGAUUUGGGGGUGAUGUAACAAAUAAAAUGGGAUUAUAUAAAAUUAUAUAUUGUGGGGUUUGGGAUGAAUAGAACAAUUUUGGGUUCAUUUGAGCAAUUUUUAAAGCACCAUACCAAUUUUUCUAUAACAAAACAUAGGAUUAUAUAAAUUCAAAUAUAUAAAAUUUUAGGGCGGCUAUGGUAAAUAUGUGGGAUUUGGAUGCAUAAUAACAACCAUACAUGUCUUCACAUGACUGUCCCUGCCAUAAGCAGGACCUAGAACUCCUGAAACUACAGGUAAUUCUGGGAUUAUUGUGUAAUAUUUUGUGGGGAUUAUAACAAAUAAUAGGAUCAAAUCUGAUAACAAAAUUUGGGAACACUACAAUACCCAUAUCCCAAAUUUGAGAGUAUCAAUCAGCAAAUGUUGGGUGCACUAUACCAAAUUUGGGUAAUUUAGCAAACUCCCCACACAACUCUUCUGAACUCUUGACACAUACUGUAUACAGCUAAUUUGGUGAUUUUAAUGUAAUAUUUCCAAGGGACUAUAACAAAUAUUUGGACAAUAUCAAAUAGCAAUUACAAUUUGGGGACACUUUACCAUAUUUGGGGGUUUAUCAAUGCUAGAGCACUGUAGAAAAAUUUUGAAUUAUAUCAGUUAACAAUAUUUGGUGCUGCUAUACCAUUUUUUUUGAAUUUAUUUUGGCAUACUCUAUACCCUACUAUUUUGGGACCAUAACAAACGACAAUCUUUUGGGGCAACUUCAAACUUGGAGAUUUGUGUGCACAAUAACAAUUUUUAGGAUUAUAACAGAGAACGUUUGAACACUCAAUUUGAGGGAUUUGGGAAUAGUGAGACCGGGGAUAGUUGGAACACGGGUCAGUUGGAACAUGUCCAAUUUCUCCAAUCAGGAACAAGUGUCCAAUCCCCUGAUUCACUCUAAACAUGCUCUGUUUAAGUCCUAAAUACACAUGUGAAGAAUUAACCCCCUGUGAUAGACACUGCACAUUUUAGAAAGAUUUUUUUUUUUUUUUUUUUUUUUUUUCUUCUUUUUGUGAUAGCUUUGCAGUUCAACUCAACAAACUUACAUCUUGUUUAUUGUGUGUCUUUAUGGAUAUCUUUCAUGCAGGUUGUUAGUGCUAAUGUUUUUAGCUGUUAGCUGUGAAUUAAACUAGUUCAUGACAA